GGAAUCGCAUCGUCGAAGGAUCUUUGUUUUGUCCUUAUUCAUAUACGCGCGUAGUGAUUCUAGCUGGUUCGCCAACAGCAUUGAUUUUUCCACCCAGAGGCUGUUCGCUGAAAGACUAGUGAACGUAAAUUUGAAAAUCUUUCGAAUAGCAGCCGCUGCGGUGUGUCAGCCGACAAGCGUUUCGCGUGAGUUUUGGCAGUGUAAUCGACACGCUACGGUCGCCGGGAAAGUGCAGCUAGACAACCGUGAUACCCGUAGCUGUUUGUGUAUUAUUCACACAUUGAUAUUCUGCCUGCCGUGCCUCAAGUGCCCGUCGUAGCUGAUUCAGUUGUUCAGUCAGCAACCGUCCGAGAUCCGGAGAUUCCCCGAGAGCAUCCCAUUUUACACCCCGUCAUCGGUAGAGCUUUCCGUAAGCUCUCUGCGGUCUCGAAGUGGAGACGAAAAAGGCAAAAAUGGUGCUGGUGGACCGAACCGUUGAGAACGUUCGCAACGGCCGUCGGUCACGGGGCCCAAGUCCAAAUGGUCACUCGGUGACGGCGGCAGCGGCCAUCAUCGCCGGAGGCAUCACCGAAUCCAGUUCCGACGAUGAAAAUUCACGGAAAAACGGAAACUCAUCCAAAGCAGCCAAAACGAAGAGCGAGUACGAAGAAAAGAUCCGCGUCGGUCGCGACUACCAAGCCGUAUGCCCAGAGCUAAUACCAGCACCAGAGAGGAAACCGGAAAAUUUAAACGACCGUGCCCUGCUGGUGUGGUCCCCGACAAAGGAAAUUCCAGACAACAAGCUGGAGGAGUACAUCACAGUGGCCAAAGAGAAGUACGGAUACAACGGCGAGCAGGCGCUCGGGAUGCUCUUCUGGCACAAGCACGACCUCGAACGGGCCGUGCUGGAUCUGGCCAACUUUACCCCCUUCCCGGACGAGUGGACCGUCGAGGAUAAGGUCCUGUUCGAGCAAGCGUUUCAGUUCCACGGCAAAAGCUUUCACCGGAUUCGACAGAUGCUGCCGGACAAAUCGAUCGCCAGUCUGGUAAAGUUCUACUACUCGUGGAAGAAAACCCGCAGCCGAACGAGCGUGAUGGAUCGGCAGGAGAAGCUGAAGAAAAACGACAGUUCGGAGAACGGGAGCGACCACGGGAGCAACGAGGACUCGGACAAUGACGAUAAGCAGCUUCCGGCGGCUAGUACGGGCGGUAUUACGGUUGCUGCUAACUCCGGUGCAGCCAGUUCCACCGUCGCCAGCGGAACCGGGUCAAACGUUACCCCCAGCACGAACGGUACAACACAGAACGAUCAGAACGCCGAUGGUGUCGGGUCCGGUGCUGCUGCAGCUGCUACCGCCACGGCCGCGUCUUCUACCACUGCCAGCACCCGAUCGAAUCAAGCGGCGGAUACAGAAGGCGGAGAUGGAACGACGGUUCCGACCGCGGCCACUAACGGCAAUACUGGUACACAACAGUCGGCCUCUUCAAACUCGCUCAAUUGUUCCGGUUGCGGGGUGACCUGUAGCGAGCUGAACACCACUCCCCAGGGGAAACUGUGCGGAAGUUGCUACCAUCAUUGGAGACGUACCGGGGUGUUGCGUCCCACGUCCGGUCCGACUUUCAUGAACAAACGCGCGCGAAAUUCGACCCUGUUGGGCAAGUCCGGUGACAGUCACAAGCGUAGGCCCCCGCGGGGAAUGUACAUCAACCAUGACGACAUCGUGAAGCUGGCCAAUUCGGCCCAGAUCGCCGGCAGCACGGGUGAGGGCAAACCGUGCGAGGACCUGCUGGCCGGCAUGGAUAGGGAAAUCGUUUCGCUCUGGAGUCAAAUUCAACUUAACAAGCAGUGCGUUAGUGGGUUGAAACAUCAGAUUGAACUGUAUCCCGAGAUGAGCCACGCGGCGGAAACGGCGACCGUACGUGUCAGCUCGCGCUGGAAUAACGAAGAAUUGCUGCUGGCCGUGCAUGGUGUGCGCAAGUACGGGCGGGACUUUCAGGCCAUAGCCGAUACUAUCGGCACCAAGACGGAAACUCAGCUCCGCACGUUCUUCGUCAACUACCGACGAAAGUACAACCUAGACAGUGUUCUUAAAGACUACGAAGCGGAUCAGAAACAGCUUCAGGAACAGCUGAACAAUAACAACAAUACCAACAGUAGCAGUAACAGUAACCAGAAGGAAGACGACUCGGCCACGACGAUCAGUGAGCUGGAAAGUGCCGACACUAGCUCAACCGUCGGCGAUAAGCCCGCGGAUUUGGACGAGGGUAAAAAGUCCUCGGGCAAAAAAUCUGCCCCUCUGGACAGUAGUGAGAUUAUGGAGAUUGAUCUGGUGGACGAUGAGAUGGUGAACGGGAAAAAAGCCGAAACCGAUACGGACACCUUUGACGGAGCGAGCAGCACAACGCAGACUGCGUCCGGUGUACCGUCCGCUGCCUCUCUGGCGAGCGGCUCGCUAACGUCGGGAACCCCUGCCUCUUCUACCGUUGCUGCGGCCGCAGCUGCGGCUGCCGCUGCUGGACAGAUCGACGGUGGCACCGCGAUGGAUGUUGACGAUCAGUCCAGUUCCAGUGCGAAACUGUCGGACUCGGCCAGUAACAGCACAAUCAUCAUAAAGUAAGAGCUGAAGCUUACCAUCGGCGCGGCGUGAAAGUCGCGAUGAUGAUUGAGCUAUUUCCCUUUAUUUUGUACUCGGAUUCUUUAUUCUACCGUUCGACAGCUGUUUACUGUUGCUAACAUUUCUUUUCCGUGUUCGUCAAUGCACCUUCCCCCUGUCGAAUGUUGUGUAUUAUUUUAUAAUAUUUUGUUCGUUGUAGAGACGCUACACGUCGGCGUCCCAAUUUCCUCUCAAAUGUAUGAAUUUCUUUGAGCAAAAGCGGGUACUAUUUAGUUGCCACAAGCUACCCAACUAAUGCGUAACUUGUAUGCUUAAGAUUGCUUUAAAUAAUCUUCUGCUUUAAAUAAAAUAUAUAGUUUCAAUCAUUUUCAUUCGUCUUAGAGAAGAAGAAAAUAAGCAAACAUAUUUUUAACUUGUAUUCAAUUUAAAUAGUUGUGUUCCAAAAAACUUUUAGCUAGGAAACUCUUACACAAAGCAAAGUCGCCUGAAGAAAUGGUAUUAGACAACUCUCAUAUACACAUAAAUAUAUAGAACCAAAAAAAAAAAACAAACAAACAAAAGUUACACCCAAUUCUCAAUGCUUGGAUUGAGAACAAACAGCUGCUUACAGUACAGUAUGCCCUUAAAACGUUGCAGGUUAAACAUUACAGACACAUAGACAAACAAACAAAUAAGAAAACGAGAAGAAAAAAAAAAAUGAUUACAAAACCGUUACAUUGCAAGCAUUAUAGACGCCCGUUAUUCGAUUGCUAUAAUUGAAACCGCCUGGACCGCCUGGAAAGGCGGGCGGGAAAGGCGCAAAAAAAGAUGACUAUUUAAAAAGUUAUAACAUAAUGAAAAUCAAACUAAUUGAUAGCGUAUGAUAGAAACACUAAAAUAAAAAAAAACAACACCGACACAUCUUUGAAUCACUAUUAAA